AUGGCUACAAGCUCAUCUACCUCUACCAUCUACCACGGCACAUCAAAUCGCAAUGGCGUUGGUAUCAUAUUGAACGAGUCGUUUAGAAAUAGCGUCACAGCGAUGGAUCGACUAUCGGAUCGCUUGAUGGCUGUAAAAGUAGAUAUAGGAGAAGUGAAAUUGCGAGUCGCCUCUGCUUAUGUGCCACAAGCGGACUGUAGUGAAGAAGAGAAGGCAAGCUUUUGGGAGGGUCUGGAGCGGUACGUCCAAUCCCUGGAAAGCGAAGAAGUACUUUUAAUCGGAGGAGACUUCAACGGACAUGUCGGUUCCCGGAAAGACGGAUUCGAGAGUUGUCAUGGUGGAUACGGCCAUGGAGCUCGUAACGAGGACGGGUUGCGAAUCUUGGAGUAUACUGUUGCAAGUGACUUGAUCAUUGCUAACACGCAGUAUCGGAAAAGAAAAUCGCAUUUGAUCACGUACACCAGCGGCGGUCGUGAAACACAAGUAGAUUUCUGGAUGUUACGCCGACGAGAUCGCCGACUUCUGCAGGAUUCAAAAGUCAUCCCUACAGACCAUGUCGCUGCCCAACACCAACUGCUCGUUACGGACUUGAAAAUCUCCCGUCCAAGGAAGAGACAUCCAAGGACUGAAACACAGCGCAUCAAAUGGUGGAAUCUGAAGGACCGAAAGGAGCGUUAUACCUUGACCGCGGAGAACACUCUGGGAAAGACGACUCUAGGUAAGCCCAAGGUACAAAAAGCUACGUGGUUUUGGAACGAGGAAGUUCAGGCGGCAAUUCGUGAGAAGAAGUCCAAGUAUAAGCUCUGGUGGAGGACGCGUCAGCCUGAAGAUCAAGGUGCUUGCCUAGCGACGAAGAGGGAGGCUAGGAAGGCAGUCUCCAAGGCGAAGUCGAACCGCUACAAGGCUGUGUACGACAUGCUUGAUACCAGAGAAGGCGAGCUGGCAGUGUAUCAUUUAGUCAGAGCGCGUCAUCGCUCAACGUUGGAUAUGGAGCACACCAAGAUCGUUAAGGGAGCUGAUGGAGCCGUUUUGCACCGCUCUGGUCAGAUCUUAAAGAAGUGGCGAGAGUACUACAAUCACUUGUGUAACGAAGAGUUCUGUCAUCCUCCCAUCCCAACUGUUCCCAGCGUCGAAAGUCCUGUUCUACCAAUUACUGCCGUCGAAGUCAGUGCUGCCUUCGCAAAAAUGAAGUCGAACAAGGCAACCGGUCCUGAUGACAUACCUGCUGAUGUCUGGAAGCUACUAGGAGAUCGAGGGUCCGGGUGGCUCGCAACUCUAUUUAACAAGAUCGUUGCAGAAGGACGGACUCCAGACGUUUGGCAAACUUCCGUGACCGUGCCUGUCUGGAAAGGGAAAGGAGACAUUGCUGACUGCACCUCGUACAGUCCUAUACGACUGCUCUGCCAUACGAUGAAGGUUUUUGAGCGUGUCCUGGAAGCUCGUCUGAGGAAAACUGUUAGCGUUCCACUCAACCAGUGCGGCUUUGUGAAGGACUGCAGCACUAUAGAUGCUAUCCAUGCUGUCCGAAUCCUCCUGGAGAAACAUCGAGAGAAGAACCGCAGCGUGCAUCUUGCUUUUCUCGAUCUCGAGAAAGCUUUCGACCGCGUCCCACAUGAGCUGUUAUGGAUGUCCAUGAAGUCGCAUAGAGUACCAGACGAAUAUGUGCGGUGGACGAAGCUGCUUUAUGCGAAGCCUACCAGCGUUGUACGAUGUGCUGCUGGAACAAGCAGGCCAUUCCCUGUACAAGUAGGGGUUCAUCAGGGUUCAUCCUUCUCACCUCUGCUGUUCAUACUGUGCAUGGACAUGAUAACGAAGCAAAUCCAGAAGUAG